AUGCUGUGGCGCCGCAUGUGGCGGCUGCGAGGGGAGGGGUUGGCGCUGCGGGGGGACUUAGGCGGCUCCUCCUCGCGCACCUCCACCAGGCCUAGCAGUGUGCGCAUGGGGCGCCCAUGCCUGGGACUGCAUGUGCUGGCAGUCGCUGCGCCUGGUCCUGCUGUGUUGAAUACGCUCACGGGGGUGCGGGGACCUGCUGCAGGUGACUCGGUGUGGUUGACUGCUGCAGCGACGGCAGGAGAGGAAGGGCUGUGUGCAGCUGUUGCGGGCCAUGUGGGUGAGAAGCGGUCGGGAGUGGUGGCGGGAGAAAUGGAAGUGGUGGGAGAGGUGUGGGAGGGCAUGACAGGGAGAGCGCCAGCAGAGAGAGCAACGAGCACGUCUAGCUGGGAGAGUGGACCUGCCCCUUCCAACCCUCCACCACCUGAACUCCCACCUGAAACCCCACCUGACGCAGCAACAGCAGGCACCGCAGAAACCGCGGCGGCAGCAGCAGCAGCAGCAGCAGCAGAGACAGCGCGGGGGCUGGUGCUGUUGAAGCUGUUGGAAGCAGCCACCUGGCGCAGCACACGGGGAGAGAGCGGCACGGGGGAGCGCGGGCGCGAGGGACUCUGCACCGCGUUGGUGGUAGUGGUGGUAGUGGUGGAGGGGAGGGGGGAGGAGGAGGAGGAAGAGGAGGAGGAGGAGGAGGAGGAGGAGGAGGAGGAGGAGGAGGAGGAGGAGGAGGAGGAGGAGGAGGAGGAGGAGGAGGAGGAGGAGGAGGAGGAGGAGGAGAACAGGGAUGGCAAGGAAGCGGAUGGAGGAGGGGAAGGCUGA